GUGUGUGUGCGGUUCUGCUCACUGUGACUCUGAAGAGGAAGGGCAGCGUCUGCGGCUCCGGACAAAAUGCCUGCGGUGUCUAAAGGAGACGGGAUGCGUGGCCUGGCCGUGUUCAUCUCUGACAUCAGGAACUGUAAAAGUAAAGAGGCAGAGAUCAAGAGGAUAAACAAAGAGCUGGCUAACAUCCGCUCCAAAUUCAAAGGAGAUAAGGCUCUAGAUGGCUACAGUAAGAAGAAGUACGUCUGCAAGCUGCUCUUCAUCUUCCUCCUGGGUCACGACAUCGACUUCGGACACAUGGAGGCCGUCAACCUGCUGAGCUCCAACAAGUACACAGAAAAACAGAUAGGUUACCUGUUCAUCUCAGUGCUGGUGAACUCCAACAGCGAUCUGAUCCGUCUGAUCAACAACGGCAUCAAGAACGACCUGACCAGCCGCAACCCGACCUUCAUGAACCUGGCACUGCACUGCAUCGCCAACGUGGGCAGCAGAGAGAUGGCUGAGGCUUUCGCUGCAGAAAUCCCUCGCAUCCUGGUGGCCGGAGACACCAUGGACAGCGUGAAGCAGAGCGCAGCGCUGUGCCUGCUGCGGCUCAACAGGACGUCCCCUGACCUGGUGCCCAUGGGCGAGUGGACGGCCCGCGUCGUCCACCUGCUCAACGACCAGCACCUGGGUGUGGUCACAGCAGCCACCAGCCUGAUCACCACUCUGGCCCAGAAGAGUCCAGACGACUUCAAAACGUCCGUCUCGUUGGCGGUGGCCAGGCUCAGCAGGAUCGUGACCUCGGCCUCCAUCGACCUGCAGGACUACACGUACUACUUUGUGGCCGCGCCCUGGCUGUCUGUGAAGCUGCUGCGCCUCCUGCAGUGCUACCCUCCACCCGAGGACGCGGCGCUGCGAGGCCGGCUGACCGAGUGUCUGGAGACGAUCCUCAACAAGGCCCAGGAGCCGCCCAAGUCCAAGAAGGUCCAGCACUCCAACGCCAAGAACGCCGUGCUGUUCGAGGCCAUUUCCCUCAUCAUCCACCACGACAGCGAGCCCACCCUGCUGGUUCGAGCCUGUAACCAGCUGGGCCAGUUUCUGCAGCACAGGGAAACCAACCUGCGCUACCUGGCCCUGGAGAGCAUGUGCACGCUGGCCAGCUCCGAGUUUUCCCACGAGGCCGUCAAGACGCACAUAGAAACCGUCAUCAACGCUCUCAAGACGGAGCGAGAUGUGAGUGUUCGCCAGCGGGCGGUGGACCUUCUCUACGCCAUGUGUGACCGCAGCAACGCCAAGCAGAUCGUGGCCGAGAUGCUGAGCUACCUGGAGACGGCGGACUACUCCAUCCGGGAGGAGAUCGUGCUCAAAGUGGCCAUCCUGGCGGAGAAGUACGCCGUGGACUACACCUGGUACGUCGACACCAUCCUCAACCUCAUCCGCAUCGCCGGGGACUACGUCAGCGACGAGGUGUGGUACCGCGUCAUCCAGAUCGUCAUCAACCGAGACGACGUGCAGGGCUACGCCGCCAAGACGGUGUUUGAGGCGCUGCAGGCCCCGGCCUGCCAUGAGAACCUGGUGAAGGUGGGCGGGUACAUCCUGGGAGAGUUUGGUAAUCUGAUUGCUGGAGACUCACGCUCCAGCCCCCUGGUCCAGUUCAACCUGCUGCACUCCAAGUUCCACCUGUGCUCGGUGCCGACCCGAGCCCUGCUGCUGUCCGCCUACAUCAAGUUCAUCAACCUGUUCCCCGAGGUGAAGGCCACCAUCCAGGAGGUGCUGCGCUCCGACAGCCAGCUGCGCAACGCCGACGUGGAGCUGCAGCAGAGAGCUGUGGAGUACCUGAGGCUCAGCUGCAUCGCCAGCACGGACAUCCUGGCGACGGUCCUGGAGGAGAUGCCUCCGUUCCCAGAGAGAGAGUCGUCCAUCUUGGCCAAGCUGAAGAGGAAGAAAGGCCCGGGCAACCUGCCGGACAUCGACGACACCCGCCGCAGCGUCAACGGCAACACCGAGCACAACAACAACAACACCGAGACCACAGCCAAGGUGUCUUCAGACCUGUUGGCUCUAAGCCCCGCCCCCUCAGCAGGAGCCAGCCUGCUGGUCGACGUCUUCUCUGAAAGCUCCGCCCCUGCAGCCGCCGACGUGUACGAGGACAACUUUGCCAGGUUUGUGUGUAAGAACAACGGCGUUCUGUACGAGAACCAGCUGCUGCAGAUUGGACUGAAGUCGGAGUACCGGCAGAACCUGGGUCGUAUGUAUGUCUUCUACGGCAACAAGACGUCCACUCAGUUCCUCAGCUUCACCGCGUCUGUCGGCAGCCCAGACCCCCUCAACACUCAGCUGAACGUCCACGUGAAGCCGGUCGACCCCACAGUCGACGGCGGUGCUCAGGUCCAGCAGAUCCUCAACAUCGAGUGUCUGUCUGACUUCACAGAAGCUCCGGUGCUCAACAUCCAGUUCAGAUACGGCGGGACCCUGCAGAGCAUCGCCGUGAAGCUUCCCAUCAUGCUCAACAAGUUCUUCCAGCCCACAGAGAUGAUGUCCCAGGACUUCUUCCAGCGCUGGAAACAGCUCGGAGCUCCUCAGCAGGAGGUUCAGAAAAUCUUCAAAGCCAAACACCCGAUGGACACAGAAGUCACCAAGGCCAAGAUCAUCGGGUUCGGUGCAGCUCUGUUGGACGGAGUCGAUCCCAAUCCUGCAAACUUUGUUGGAGCCGGAGUCAUUCACACCAAGAGCACUCAGGUGGGCUGCCUGCUGCGGCUGGAGCCCAACACACAGGCACAGAUGUACCGGCUGACGCUGCGGACCAGCAGAGACUCGGUGUCUCAGAGACUGUGUGACCUCCUGUCUGAACAGUUUUAGCCUGCGGCCGGCGCGGCGGCGGCGGCGGCGGUGGUAUCACACCUUCCCCCUCUUAGUCUCACUUUAGAUUGGAAUUGAUGCAAUGUACAGUGUAAAUUCUCUUUUUUAUAUUUUACUUAUUAUAAAUGUAUAUGGAAUGUCUUUUUCCACACAGCUUUACUAAUAUGUCACUGCUUUAAACCUGUCCUGUGCCCGUAUGUCUGCCCUCACGCCGCGCACUCACACGGCGAGCCGCUCGCUCACACGGGUCACGCCGCUCUGCCCGGCUGUGGGCGGAGCCAAACGCGACGUGCAGCCGCAGAGCUCUGAGCAGGCGAGUCACGUGUUUGUUUGCUGCUUUGAUGUCGCCUCUCAUGAUGUCUGAUUAUUUUGAAGAGUCAAUGUCGCGAAGCUCAGAGGUACAACAGCGUUUUGGAGCCGAACAGAUUCAGAGCGUCGGGGGUAAUAUUCCAAGAAAAAACUCAGAAUUUUUGAGAUUAAAAGGGUAAAUUUACAAGGGAAAAACUCACAAAAAUUCUGAGAUUGCAAAGUAUAAUUAAAUGAUGUCGUCAGCUGCAGGCCUGAUACACAGGACGCGGAAACACCACAUGAGGAGCCUUGGACAGAAAGGAAAACUAUAUAUUUGAGUUUUUUUCUUAUCAUUUUUUGUGUGUUUUUUCAUAAAUUUAUUGGUAAAUUUACAGCUAUGUUUACAGAGUUACAGGUUUUUUUUCUUGGAAUAUAACCCCCCCUCCCUCGGCUCCAUAGUUUUUUCCUGAUACGCCGUCGCACAUAAGCACUGACGCAGCUCUAGUCAAAAAAAAAAAGAGAAAAAACAGAAGAGCUUCCUGUUAAGGCCAACAAUCGAUAAGAAAGCAUAAUUUUUGAGACAUUUAUUCGUGUAGUUACAGUUAAAGA